GGGUCUAGUUGCUACGUGUCCGUCGUGUUGGUGUCAUGGCGGCCGGCAGCUUGUGCUGGUGGUGCGUACUCAAUCAUUCCACGCGUCUCCACAGCCAACACAGUAAUACUCGCUUCUCGCAGAAGAAGAUAAUUGCGCCUUCAUGAGGACCUUCCCAGUUGCACGGUUGCUUAUAUUUUUCGUUGUCGUCGGGGCAAAGAAUAACGAAGCCACAAACGGCACUGAAACGCGGCGUAGACGACGUAAAAAACACUCUAAGAUGGUACCGUACGUUAAGGUUGUUAAGAAUUCAGAUGAUGAGAUGGCGGUCGAUUUGCCCAGUCAGGACAUAACUUCAGGCUGUUCGGAAGAUGAAGAACCGUUUGGAAGGUUGUUGAAAACAAGUCAUGGACGGCAGACUACUAUGGAUGGACCGGAAGCGAAACUUGACUCAUCCGAAUCGAAUGAAAAUCUGGAUUUAGAACUUUUGUUACCAGAUAACCUGGAAUUGAUAAGGACUAAGGGUGAUAAAUCACCGGCCGUCGAGGAAACAUGGUUUGUUAUUGCCCUGCAAGUUUUCUUUCCGUUUCUUAUCGCGGGUUUUGGUACCGUUGCUGCCGGCCUUGUGUUGGAUAUUGUGCAGCAUUGGAAAGUGUACCAACAGAUUUCAGAAAUAUUCAUAUUAGUACCUGCACUACUGGGACUGAAAGGCAACUUAGAAAUGACAUUGGCAUCAAGACUAUCCACUGCAGCAAAUAUUGGACACACAGAUAACAGUAAAGAUAAGUGGAAACUUGUCGGUGGAAAUCUAGCACUGCUUCAGGUACAAGCUACAGUUGUUGGAGCUUUGGCCGCCAUAGCUGCGGUUGUCAUGGGGUGGGUCCUUGAUGGCCACUUUGACAUCAACCAUGCCACCCUGCUUUGUGCCAGUGGACUUGUUACGGCAACAUCAGCAAGUUUUAUCCUUGGCUCUGUCAUGGUUGCUGUGGUGCUGUUCUCAAGAUACUGCAAGAUUAACCCUGAUAAUGUAGCAACACCAAUUGCUGCUAGUUUAGGAGACCUCACUACGUUGUCAUUGCUUUCUUGGAUUAGCAAAUUUUUAUAUAAUAAAAUAGGUACUGAGCAUCACUGGGUGGCACCGGUGAUAUGUGUGGGGUUUUUUGUGGUGUUGCCAGUAUGGUGCUAUAUAUGCCACAAGAAUCACUUCACACAUGAUGUACUCUACUCUGGAUGGGUGCCUGUCAUCAGUGCAAUGGUAAUUAGCAGUUCUGGUGGUCUAGUGCUCGACUAUGCAGUUGUUAGUUAUCAUGGUAUAGCUGUUUUUAGUCCAGUCAUGAAUGGUGUUGGGGGUAAUCUUGUAGCUGUCCAAGCAAGCAGAUUAUCAACACAUCUACAUCAGCUUGGCAGGCCAGGAAGACUCCCUAAGGGCAGUAAAUACAAAGGAUGUAUAGACACCUUCUUUGGACCAGGCGCUGAUGCCAAAACAGUGCGAGUGCUGAUGCUUUUGGUCGUACCUGGCCAUCUUGUGUUCUUGUACACCAUACGUAUGAUGCAAGGUGGACAUACCUCAUUUACUGCAGUCUUCACCACGUUCUACUUAUUGGUGGGCGUGUUACAGGUAUCCUUUCUUCUCUUGCUGGCUAACUGGCUUGUUCACUGGAUGUGGAAGAGGGGCAAAGACCCUGAUAAUUGCACCAUACCAUAUCUGACUGCUCUAGGCGACCUACUGGGUACAGCCUUACUUGCCGCAGCCUUUCACUUCCUCUGGUUUAUUGGAGACCGAGAUAGUGACGUUGGAGAUUAAAUAUAGUGUCACUUUCAUAGAAUAACAGUAGCCCGUCAUGCUCUCUUGAGCCUUGUCAAGCUCAUUUUGUCAGCACUCUUCGCAGACUGGACUCUCAAGCAUGUAGUCCACACUAUGUCCAAUCUAUGCUCCGGAAGUUAUUUGGUGGGUGGGUUUUCAAGCAUUUGCAAGCUACUGUAUAUCCUUGAGCCCAGAGAACACUUUGCCUAUCCUUGUCCCUGCUCUAUAUGGCAAGUGGUCAUUGCAGGGUGAUGGAUUCAGCUUUCCAGACUUGAUUUUUGAGCAUGGAGUAUCCUUCUCUCUGAACUUGUUUAUGCUCAAUGGCCCUGUGGUCUUUGCAGAUUCUCAACAAUAUAGUUGAGUCUGACGCUUGAAGACCCAGCAGUGCUCCCCUUUAGCCGGGAAGGCAGCUGUGUCUUUGAGUAUUUUAAGCAUCUUAUGUUUGUUUUAAUUUUUUUUCAACCAAGUUAUUGGUUCUUAGAUGAUCUGGAACACAAUGAAGCAUUUUAUUCUGUUUCAUGAAAAAAAUGGAGAUAUUUGCUAUCAUACUCGAACAAAGAGAAGUUUCCCAAGAUCCCCAGCACAGACAGAAAUUAUGCCAAAAAUUGCUGUACUUGUUUAUUUAA